AUGGUCAAGAAUCAGCAUUUGGAGGGUUCAGUCAAUGGAAUGGUGAAUGACACUACUCAUGACUUUUGGAAGGAGCAAACUUCCCUCCUUGUUGUUUCUUCGACUUAUUGCUCAACACUCUUAUGCUGGGUUCCUGGAGUCUUAUCCUACUCAAACAGAGCUAGUGCCAUCCACUUCAAGAACCACUUCCUUGCAGUUAUUAUGAGCAUCGCUCAUGAGGCAGAAGCACGAGGGAUUCCCAUAACAGAUGAUCUCUUCGCAGGGGUCAUGGACUUCAGUGAGGCAGAGCGUAGUGGAUUCAUCCAAGGCUUUGUUGUCUUCUGGAUGGCUCGACCUGAUAAUACACGAAAUCGGCAGGAGCUUCAGGUGGCUGCAGAGCAUCUCCUGAAAGGAUGUAGAGAACAUUACUGCGCUGGUGUUAUGCGUGUCAGCCGUAUCUCUGGCAUCAUUUCACCUGCAAUGGCAGACACAUUUAUCAUGCAUGCAUUGGGCCUCUUAACGCUUCCAACCUCAGCAGAAUUCACCUCACAGGCUUUUCUCCUGGAAGCGAUUCAUUGGAAGCUUUACAGUGCCUGCGGCCGUAAUCAUGAAUUUUUAGAAGGGAUGUACUCCUUACAUGCUGUCGCUGUAUAUUAUGAACGCCUUCAUGAUGGAGCAACUUAUAAAUCAAUAGAAGGGAAGCCAAUCCGCUAUGGCAAAGCAGAGCCAUGGAAGAUUGUCAAGGAGAAUAUUGGUAGAACAAAACCCACAUGCUCCAGAAAACCUGCAGAUAAAAAGUGCAAAAAGAAUGACGGACACCCACCAGACACGAACAAGGAACUCUUGGGCACAAAUGCAAAGCAAAAGCAAUUGACAUUGAAAAGCUUCACAAAAAAGGAACCAGAGCUGAAGAAACCAAAGCCGAUGAAACCAGACCCAAAGAUAGCAGAGUCUCCGGCUACCAGUCCUGCUGUUCAAGACCUGCCGAGCUAUCCCUGGUUCAAGAAUUCUUGCUGGCUCGACUCUUUGUUGCAACUUCUCUAUACCACCAUGCACUGUUCAGUCAACGAAUUCAAGGCUAUUUAUAAUGCACUUCCAGAAAACUCUGCAAUACGUCCAGUAUUUUCUCAUUUGUUGGAGCGGUAUGAUCUCAAUGAGGUUGAAAAGACUACAUCAACAUUCCUCUGUUGUCAACAGGACUCCCUACAUACCCACCUGAAGAAAAAGAAGGUUAUCAAGACUGUUAGUGGAUUUGAAUCACUUUUUGCCUGGUUUGCAGAGCUGGUCAAACUGGAGGAAGUGCAUUCAUCCUAUCGUCCAGUUUCCACUUUCGAAACACUCUUCAUCGAGAUUCACUACUGCACGGGAUCGUCCAGUAUUGGUGGUCCUCAUGUUGAGAUUUCUCACCACCCUCAACGACGACGAAUCCAACAGCUGACACCACACAACUUCAAACAGUUUCAGGGAGAUUUUGUGGAUUGGGUCUCCCUAGACAAAGAGCAAGUUCCAGCAACUAGUUGCUGGCGUGUCAAGGAGACUGUACCUCUUUGUCUGGGUGCCAGAGAAGAUAUUUGUUAUCUGCUUACUUCUCUCCUGCUUCUUUUCACUAUUGAAGUUGGUGAUGAGCAUCCAUCCAAGACCAUGCCUCAGGAAUGGGAUUUUCCUUCGACGCUGCUUCCUCAUACCCAAUCUGUGGCAAAUUCUCAUGGACUUGUUUAUGAUCUCAUGGGACUAGCCUUGACCAACGAAGAUGGCAAUCAUUUUAUUGCUCGGCUCUUUUCAACGACCUACCACUCAGACCAAUUUGUCAAGCUCGAGAGCAACAAGUGCACCUGGCUUUUGAACCCUUUGAGAUCGUGGACCCUUGAGUAUGUUUCUCACGAUGCACCAGCUGACAUUACUGAGGAAUCUCUGUCUCCAGAGCCCGAGGAAGGUGUAAUCUCCCAACCUGGAUCACCGACUACUCCACCUAGCCCUCUGUCUUCUCUCCCAGAUUCAGAAUUUGAGUUGAACUGCCGAUGUGGGAUCAUCGGUAAUGGUAAUAUUCUUUAUCAUCACGAGCAUGAGGUGGCUAUCCAAUGCGAUCAAUGUUGUGAUUGGUCUCAUAUUGCGUGCCAGCGCGAUGGAAGAGCCAGUAACCUUGUGCCAGAUGCCCCGUUUAUCUGUGAUUCAUUGUUUGAGUUGACCAAAAAAUCUUACAGGGAGCUCGAGGCACGUCUUGCAUUGAAUAAACCACUCGAGUUACGAUUACGAGCGGGGAGAGGCGCGCUAGCGAGACGUGAGCUGUUUUGGUAUCCGGUGCGCCUCAUUCAGGCAGUGCAACACGGUUGGAGGGUGCAUUGGUGGAGGGAAAAUCAAUAUCUUGACAAGGAUGAGCCUGCAGCUGGUGGAUUUUCUGUUGUGAAUACCAAGGACAUCGUUGAUUCGUUGUGGAACGACCGAUUGGCAAGACGAGUAAUACGGCUCGGAAAAUGGAAACAUGCCCGGGACGUCAAAACCUCAGAAGACAUUCUCGCGGAUCCAUCUAAAAUACCAUACAGCGAGGAAAUCAACAAAAUCCUCUCGCCAUUCAAAAAGCUUCUGAAGAAAUUACUCACAUGCUAUGGUCCGGAUGACCUGAAGAGUGAAAUCAUCCCGGCAAGAGAUUGGUUAGAAAAUGGCAAAAAGCCUCUUCAAACAAGCUUGGUUCUGUAUUGCGGAGCUCUUUCUAUCAUCGAGAGAGCCCAGAUUGCAAAUUGGUUUCUGUGUCACAUCAGCAAAAAUGCAGAGACCUGGCUCGGGUGCUUACUGCUAGCUCAUGUGUUCACCCUUUACACCGCAGAACAUAUCAAAAAUGAACCAAAGUUCAAGGUACUCACACAGCCAGAAAUCAUCAACGAGGCUUGGAGGAUCCAAUUUACAAGUAUCCCUUCAGUCUUGUUCGACAUUGAUGUUGAACGCGAGGCCUUGGAGAAUCUGGAGACCAAGAUGUUUGAGGUUUCGAGAGCUGUGGGGAUCACGAGUUAUUGUCAAUGGGGCUUGGACACAGGACAUCACCAAGAUUGGGAUCCGUAUGCAAGGAUGGAAGACUUGAAUCACCAGGAUUGUCCCGGAGAUGGUGAUGAUCUUCAGUUUGGACCCGAUUACAUUCACCGCGAAGAGAUAAUACAACUGACGGAAAAGAAAUCGCUUCCCAAACCAUGCCCCAAGAUGAUCAAGAAGACCGUGCCCUAUGUUCAGCACAUGGCUGUAAACAAUUAA